AAGGGACAGUGGCAGUAAACGGCAGCCUUUUUCAAUUAAUUAAUGGGGCUUUGUCAAGCGAAACGAAACGAGACAAUUAACUGUUGAUUUAUAUUCAUAAUUCGUGUCGGAAUUACUUCAACAGAAUUUCCCGCAAGCCAGCCAUCAAAACAACAAUGUAUGUUUCUGUUUAGUUUUCUAUAUUUUACGAGGUAACCAGUACACUGAUAUAGCAAAGCCGACUUAGCUUUAAAUGUGGCACGUAAAUAAACUAAUUUUAGUCAUUAAUAAUUGGGGUUAUGAAUUGGGUAGCAUAGCUAUAUUUAUUGUUUCACUCCCUUAUGCGGGUUGUGACUCGUCGAGGCAGGUUCGGAGUGUGGGAGACUAACUAUGGGCGGUACUUCUAACUCUCCUAUUCCCUCCCCUAAAUCAACUUUAAACGGGAAACCUUCUCCACUUUAGCGUUCACACCAAAGUGUCGGCAAAUUCGUCGCUGUCAGCCUCGUUUAGAGCCAAUCUAUGGCCAUAAUGGAUGUAUCCAAUAACGUUUGGUUGUUUGUGUUCCGAGCUUGAACGCACCGCGUGCGGUUCAAUGACGCCUAAAAAUCAAUACGGGUUAUUGGAGUCGUUUUAAACGGUUAAAAAUCUCUCGUCACCUGAGGAGGACAGCUGGACAGACCAUGAAGCUCAUUUGCCAUGUCUAAAACAGGGGCCAAGAAGCAGCACUGGCGAUCUAGAGCACAGGACAGCUUUGUCCCCUUGCUGGGCUCCUUGGGCGAGCCAAGCGUCUCUGUCGGCGGAGGAGCGGAUUAUGGAGAGUUUCCUUUCGUGACGUCGGCCCCUGCAGGCGGUCCAUCAGUCGGGGACAUCGUCCUAGAGAUUGGUGGAACCCCUGUUUUAGGGAUGACUCUGGGAGAUGUCCGCGGUGUCAUCAAUUCCUGCCCUGCGCCAAUCCGGAUUAGAACUGUGUCUCCAGGAUCCACGUUGUGCAAAGAUCUCAGGCUGUAUCUGAGUAAGUGCUUCACCCCCGGAUCAGUGGACAGUCAACUCCAGCAGGUCAUCAGAGAGAACCUCUACCUCCGGGCUGUGCCCUGUACGACCAGACUGCCAAGAGCCGGCGAAAUCUCAGGAGUCGACUAUAACUUUGUUUCCGUCGAGGACUUCUUCUCAUUGGAAGAGUCUGGAGCUCUGCUGGAGAGUGGCAAGUUUAAAGGGAAUUACUACGGGACCCCUCGGCCUGUCCACAUCACCGCAGAGACGCCCCCUAUCACCUAUCAGGAACAUCGCAACCUGCUCCGAACAUUCCGCACACGCAGCAAAUCGCUGAGCAACCUGGAGAAAACCGCAGAGGAGGCCGACAACAGCGAGGACGACUCAGGAGGAUCUGCCGGCGUCAGCAGCGGCCUUCGCCCCCGCCACCGCUCCCCCAGGCGGCCUCGGACGUCCAGCGGAGGUGAGGGUCAUGUCAUGGAGAAUGGUGUCAAUGGGUACAGAGGAGGGUCCAGGGUGAGAGGGGUGACACCAGACCACUGGGAGGAGGCCGUCAGCGACCACGGAGAGAGCCACUACAUCGAUCACAACCCAAAGAGGACCAGCUGGCAGAGUCCUCGAGCGUCAAGCAGGGAGAGUCUUUACAAAAACGAAUGGUUCACAGAGCACCCUGACGAUCUCCGGGGUUUCCCAGUGCACACUCACCUGAUCAAGGGUUCCAGAGGGUUCGGGUUCAACAUCGUCGGCGGCAGUAGACCGAGAGAGUUGCUGCAGGUCUACAGUGUGACUGCAAAUGGACCUUCAGCACUGAAAACAGCUGACAUCCUGGUCUACAUCAACGAUGUGUGUGUGCUGGGAGUCUCUCACAAGGAGGUGGUGGAGAUGCUGAAGACAGUGCCGGUGGGUCACAGCGUGGAUGUGGAGGUCAGGAGGGGCUACCCCAUGCUAUACAACCCAGACGGGCGUCCAAAGCAGCUCUCCCCGAGGCACCCGGAUGACCCUGUCCUGCUCCCCACCACCGUCCAGCCUCAGCCCCUGCACCAGCUACCUCGCCGGCUAACACCGACCCCCCAGAACCAGCACUACGACUACAACGGAGAGCCCAAUGACGGCAACUACAUGGAUCUUCUGGACUCUAAUGGGAAUGGGUCGCCCUUUAUAACCAGACAGCCGUCUUAUAGACGCUCCAGCAUGAGCAACGCUGUCUCCCCAUCUCCAGCACGUGCGCCGCGGACCUUCAGAAGUCUGGCCAGGCUGCAGUCCUUUGACCCAACGCUGGCCAGUCAGAGCGACAGUGAGGUGGUCUCAGCCAUCGGCUCACACCGUGCAUCAAUGAUCCGUAACCACAACAACAACUCUCUGUCGACGCCCCCUCCUCCUUCACGCUACGGCACGUACAAGUCCUCAGAGAGUGACUUGUCCACUUUCAACAUGCCGGUGUCCCACCUUCCUCUGCCUCUCUCUCCCCGGCGCCCCUCCUCCUCCCCGGGCGGACCCACCAGCACUAACUCACGCCUCUAUAGACUGCAGACCACCAACCAGCGACCUGCGACCCCGGACAGCCCCCAGCGCCGCGUCUUUGGUGGCAACACCACCAGCACCAACAUGAGCCCCAGCAGCAUGUCGUCUCCUGGCGGCAUGAGUUUGGGGAACGGCAGCUUGAGUGGGGGCGAGCUGGUGCCUGUGGCCUUGACGAAGAAUGAGGGAGACCUGGGCUUCAGUCUGAUGACCGGUGGUCCCGCUGGAAGGUUCUCAGUAGUGAAACGGGUCUGGAACAGGAAGCAGUGCACCACGCUACAGCCAGGGGACGCUAUCGUCAAAAUAAAUGGAGCAGAUGUCCAGAGUCUGAGCUGCCCUCAGGUACAAACAGUUCUGCAGGAACACACCAAACAGGAUGAGGUGAUCUUGCUGGUUUACAGAGGCAUCUACCACUCCUCCAUCUCCCCGGGACCUCUCCGAAGACUUCCCUCCCCACUGCUGCGGCCUCCUCCUCCACCAGGAGGCUCAGACUCCAACAUCUUCUCAGACGUUCUUCCGAUGCCCCGAGUGUCGAGGAGCACGCCUCCCUCUCCAGUUCCCACUCGCUCCUCUCUCAUCCAGAGCACCAGCUUCCUGGAGUCCAUCCCCGUCACUUUAACCAUGGAGCCUAAGGACUGGAUCAACACUGGACUGGAGGACGAGGCGACUCCUGACCCCCUGCUGGGGAGACAUGGGGAAGACAGGACGCGACCGCUGCGGGGGUUCGAUGUGGAAUUGAGAAGAAAACCCGGGGAAGGAUUUGGGUUUGUCAUCGCCUCACAGGAUGUGGAGAACGGCAAAGCGGCUUCCCUUCUCCCACACCGCUUUGUGACGGUGCGCCGAGGCAGCCCGGCGUCCAAGAGUGGUCAGAUCCGCCCUGGAGAUCGAUUAGAGGCCGUGGAAGGUCGUUCAGUGGUGACCCUGCCGCACCGGGAGCUCGCCCAGAUUCUCCGCCGAGCCGGAAACACACUCCGGCUCACCAUAGUGCCUCGGCCGAGCACAUAUUCAUCAAGCCUUUCAGAAACAGCUGAGUAUGACCUCGGUCACAGGAGCAGAAAAGGUCAAAGGUCACGACCCAAGCGUGAUUCAAGGUAUUACAGCGUGGACUUGGAUCGCGGACCUUCCGGUUUCGGCUUCAGCCUUCGAGGAGGCAGCGAGUACAACAUGGGGCUGUACGUUCUCGCGCUGAUGGAUGGAGGCCCAGCGUCGCGGAGCCAGAAAAUACAGGUGAGCGAUCAGCUGGUGGAGAUCAACGGCGACAGCACGGCGGGCAUGACCCACAGCCAGGCGGUGGAGCAGAUCCGCAGAGGAGGCCACCGCAUCCACCUCGUCCUGAAGAGAGGAAACGGCUACGUCCCUGAUUAUGGCCGUGAGCACCGGAUCACCUCCCCCUCAAACCUGCAUCACCCCGUGGAGCAGGGUUUGGCUGCAGUGAGGUCCACCAGGCAGAGGGGGCGCAGCUCCAAACACAAGAAGAGAAGCAAGUCUACUGAUGAUCGAGGGAAGCGGAGCAGGAGGGAAAGAAGGAGAAGGAGUUGGGCGUCCGAGGGAGAGGGGCGCUCACGUGUGCGCAGCCCCGACUCAGAGCCGAGGGACGUGAGAAGAGGGAGGUCCAGGGAGAGGAGGAAGAGGAGUCGGAGGAGAAAAGGAAGGUCUGAGAGUUUAACUAGAGAAGAGGUGAGGAGUAGAGAGAGGGAGGAGGAAAGACUGGGAAGAGAUGAGAGGAGGAGUACAGAGAGGGAGGAAGAAAGAGGGAGAAGACAUGAGAGGAGCAGUAGAGGGAGGGAGGGAGAAAGACGGGAAAGAAAUGAGAAGGAGGAAGAAAGAGGGAGAAGAGAUGAGGGCAGUAGUAAUGGGAGGGUGGAUGAAAGACAGGUAAGAGAUGAGGUGAGGAGCAGCGAGAGUGAGGAAGAAAUAGGGAGAAGAUAUGAGUGGAGAAAUAACAAGGAUGAACGAAGAGGGAGGAGUGUUGAAGGUAGAAGUGGAGAGAGAGGAGGAAGGAGUGAGGAGGGAGUGAGGAGGGUUGCAGAUGAGGAGCAACGGCAUGACACUGCAGAAGUGAACGUGAAAGUGGAAUCAGCCAAAGAUGAAGAGGAACUUAAUCUACCUAUUCCAGGUGGGGUCAGGAAGCUUCCCAGACCUCAGGUCUCAGAGCAGGAUGAGACGUGGGACAUGGCAGCCGAGUACAGGGAGUUGAGGGGAGAGCUGCAGGACGUGUGGUGGGCUGAGGAUGAGGGAGAUGGCGACGAAGAUGUUGCACAGUUCAGGUGGUUAUCAGGUGAAGCCGCCGUAGCUCCGGCGUCCCAGAGAAAGCCCUUCUCCUUCCUCGCUCCGGAUCAGCCGCGGGACGACGAGUCCGAGUCGGGGGGCAGCCAAUCGGACGGCAGCGCGUCUGCCGCCAGCAUCUCAGGCCUGUCUCUGGCUGGGCGCAGGAUGCCUGUGCAGCCCGGUCCCUGGCUCACACCCAGCCAGCAGAGGGCACCUCAGCUCGGACAGGAGGAUGGCGGGGGACGAACAGAGCAAGCAGGGCGAAGAAGUGCUGUCUCUUGACUGGAGCAGGGGCUCGACGCCGCUUCACACCUACUUUGGUUCGCUCCAUAACUUUGAUGCGUCAUAUUCUUUGUGCCUUUUCGCAGCCGACUUCUGGCUGAUGAAUAUCACCUAUCCAAGAGGUGUUUUUUUUUUUAUUAAAUCCACCGUCCGUGUGAUCUUAUUCCUGUUUGACACCCACGUUUGCCUCUUUUACCUGGUCAUGUUAGUGAGCAAUAACCAAUGAUCUGGUCACCCACCUGCACCACUGAUGCUUGUUUCUUACCCCCUGUACAGUACCAUGUAAAUAACUGAACUCAAAUAUGUAUUUAAACAUCAAUAUACAUCUGUAUAGAUAUCUAUAUUCAACUCUCCGAUCAUAUGUGUCAUGAAACAUGUAGCUUUUGUGAAGGACGGACCUGUAUUGUUCACUGAAUGUCCAGAUAUUUAAGAGCAUCAUUGUGUAUUAAGAGUCAGAACAAAAACAGUCAUAUUCUAAAGAGUGCUGUUUCUGUAGUGCCACGUACCGUUGCCUUGGUAACCACUGUACUCUAAAAACAGAUUUGACUGUGAAAACCGCUUCAUGUGAGCUCUGUGAUCCCACAGGUGGGUGAGUUUUAGUCAUUCCAGUCAUGACGAAAUAAAAAGCGCUCAUUGUUAAUCCACAGAAUUUGUUCCAGAACAUCUGUAGAGUCGAGCUGUCCCUGCUGCGCGUCAGCUGGCAGGAAUAGAACGUUAUUAUUAUUAUUAUUCCUUCUCAAAGGAGCCAGGCAGAAAGAUUCGUUAUUUUUCUAUGAAAUCUUUUUUGAAAUACUCAGGUUACAACAUACUGUGUUUUAGACAAGCCAUUGAAAGGAGAGAGUAAUAAAAUAACAGAUCUAUAUUAUUUAACUUUCGAAAGACGGUGGUGAUAUUGGAAAGCUAUGACUGUUGUUUAUCGUUUAUAUAUAUCUAUAUAUAUUUGUAUAAUCCAUCCUAUAAAAACCAUCUCUGGAGACAUGAUAAUUGCUAGCCAUAUCGAUAUAAAUGCAUAUAAAUAUAGACUAUAAGACCUAUUUUUAUUUUGUUCUGCUUAUUCUCAGACUGUUACGUGUCAAGAGAGACUGUACUCUGAUAAUAAAGUGCUCAACUA